AUGAGGAUUGCAUGCAUCCUCUUUAUUUGUUUAUGUUUCUCUAAAGAGAGCGAAUCUGUUUGGUGGUAAGUAUAACUGCAAGCCUACCUUCGAGUUUUUUGAGUUAUCCUUUAGUUAAAUUUUUUAGAAACUUUGUUCAAACUAGCGGAACUAACCUAGAUUCUUCUGCUUGUUAUAGGACACUUGGAACUCAUUCAGCCCUAACUUCGGAUCCAGUGAAAAAAGCUGCUCUUCGAUGUUACACAACCCCUCAGCUUAACACAAAACAACGAGAUCUCUGCCGCAAACACCCAACUUUGAUGGCGAGUGUAGCCAAGGGAGCUAAGGAGGCCAUUGAAGAAUGUAAAAUACAGUUCGAGUUCAGGCGAUGGAAUUGUUCGCUUGUUCCCGAGUCGGGUACAUUAUUCGACCCUAUUCUCAAGCGAGGUAAGGACGACUAUAUUAAGAGACUUAUGCUUGACCUGAACGAUUCUUUCAAGUUGACAGGUUUAAGAUCUAUUUACUUUCAUCGAUAGCUUUUCGUUUUCUUAGCGUAUGGUUUAUUUGUCAGAGAUACGUGGCGACGAAAGCAGUACUUGACCUUCUCAGUGUACUCGCUAACAAACUUCAAGUGGCAGAUUUUCUUUGCCCUCGUAUAAAACGGACUAAAAUAACGUUAACCGUUUGGGCGUUAUUACUUAAGGCGCUUCGUCUGUGAUCUAUGUCUCCUUUUGUUCGGUGUAAAAGUGUCACAUUGACCGAUAUAUUGAUUGUUUGCACAAGAGAGACUCAAACAUAUCUAAGUAUCAUGAAAUUGAGCUCGACUCCUCUUCUACUUACUCGUAAUUUUCAUUUCACGACCUUUAACUUCUUGCAAAAAAUCAGACGUUUUCACGGUCCUUAGCGGAAUUUAUGAUAAAUAAUUAUGUGUCUCUAAAUGCUUUUCUUACCCCCUUUGAAGUUCUAACAUCAGAAAAUAAACUUAAUAUAAAAGAAAACAACUUGAUAGAUAGAUGAUAGAUGAAAGUGAGACGUUGUGAUUUGCUUCGAGUUUUCCUUCCCCUGGUGUAUUUCGUCAGUAUUUUCUUCAUCCUUAAAAUUGCCUUCACAGCUAAAUUUCUGUGUAUGAAAUCGCAAAGUUCAGACGUCGAGCAAUUUCCGCAAACAACAAGUAUAACACCCCAUUCAAUAGAGGCCCAAUUUGCAAAGUGAUUUUCAAGUAGUAAAGCUGUUGUUUUGUCUUUGUUACUUUAAUUUCCGCCGUUAAAGAUGUAAAGAACGAAAGCACAAAAACGCUCUUCGAUCCGACAUCACCCCUAACAUUUAUUGAGUAAUCGAAGGAGUAAACGACGUACUUAAAAUCUGCUUGCGCCAGCCGUUUCAUUUUUUCGUUCGUCACUGUUAAUAAAGAUGGUUCUGCCUUGUGAAUUUAUUUACUCUGUGAGUUAGUUGUCUGUAAGAGAUACAUACAUGAGAAGCCCGACUUUAGCUGUAUCUUUGCAUUAAGUAUGCAAUACUGUGCUAGUUUCUUUAAACUAGACUUUUUUGAUAGAAAUUAAGUGUAAGAUAUAUUCUUGGUGAAAAAGAAACACUGUUGAAAACUAUAGAAACUAGACAUGUCGUCCCGCAAAAACGAUUGUGAUGAAAAAGCUGGACGCGUUUACUAAACAUUCUGUCUUUCGCAGUCUCUUGUUAACACAGUUACGUAUACCUGAACAUAUUCCGCCAUAGGAUCCUACUUAAAUGUGGGCUUUAGAUAAAAGAUAACUGCGUAUUGUAGCAUGUAGGAAACUGCAACACUCUAUCAGUAUAAGUUAGAAACUGUUUUUUAAGAAAGGUAAACCUAGCUUGCUUCUGUAGUGUAAACACGAGGCAUCAUUACAUAACCAGGAUUCAAAGAUGCAUCCUGAAACAUCUUGGAUUCGCAGUGCUUUGCUUUAACUAUAAGAAAAUCUCGACCGAUUGAACCGAGUCUGCUAAGCCAAUAAUCACUGACAUUCUAGAAAAUCUAUUAUCCGCCAGGAUCUAAGAGAAUGCACGAGAAAUGUCUAGCCAUUUUUCACAGCCUCGCAGCCGGUGAGAAGCACUUAUAACAUCCUUUUCUAAGAGAAAGGAAAGUUUGGCGAAGACAAGAGCGUGCUGUACUGGGUUACGGCGUCUAUGCCGACCAUAUUAUUUCGUUUAAUCUGAGCAUUUCCAACUUCUAUUCAUUGCCGGGUGUCUAGCGGCUGCUUGACUUUCAAGAUACUGACUCCUUCCUUUUCCUUUGAAUCUCUUUCUAACUUCACUUUUUUCAGAUUAACACCACCUCACUAAAGUGCCGAAAAAGUCUAAAUUUAGAAAAAAAUAUUAAAUUCUAUGUUUUAAAGCGGCUGUUCUUGUCAAAGUUGGAAACGUGAACCUACUUUUACAAUAUCUUUUGUGAGAUGAGCCAUUCCUGAAUAUGCACUGGAGUCCGCCGUGAAGACUGAUAACUCUUGAAUUUUCUCCAAUAUUUCUAAGCAAAAUCGUCGCAUACACAUUGUCAAAGUUGCCAAACCAAGAAAAUUCCGAAGCUAGCCAUAAUCAAACCCGCAGCAACAAUUUUAUAGACUGACAAGGCUUUUUUUGUAGAAUUGUUUAAGUGGCUAAGCAACUUUCUAUAGCUCUUGGAAGUCAAGUUAGCACUUUGUUUAACGUGAAAGUUAUAUCGGCUUAUAAGUCGCUUCACGGCUCUUUGGGUCCGUUUCUCUGCAGCUCUUCAUCGCAGUUAACGCGUUGAACAGUUACUGGCUCCGCUGCGGUUCCUCAGUCGUGUUACCCCCAAUAAACUGUGUAGAAAUUUUACAAUCUGCAAUGAUACUUUUUGAAAACCCGACACCCCGAGCUGUUUUAUAACCGGAAUUAUGUCAACCAUUAAGUACCAACUCAAGAGAAGCAACUUCGGUCCACAGUUCGGAAAAAAGAAAUUCUUUCUAGAGAUGAGACAACUCUUUAAGAGCUGCAUCGGCUUUCUCUGCUUUUAUUUACUGUCGUAGACAUUAGCAUCUCGCAAGCUGUUCACCCAUUAACAACCCGGCCCAUUUUUCCUUCUAAGUGACGAAACCUAAGCUAAACCUAAGAAAUUUGAAAGUAUAACAAGAGUCGCAAAUCGACCAGUACUAGGGAAUUAUAGUACGGCUAACAAUUCAAGAAUAAUACUUAGACGAUCAAAAGUGUUUAUAGCCUUCUUUAAGAAAACGUCAUAACUCCAGGUAGUAUUUUAAGAAUUAUUGUAAAGUUUCAUUCAGACUGCAUGAAAUUAUGCACACUUUUAUAGACGCCUUGAGAUUUCUUUAUUUCUACUCGUUAAGAGAUUUCCGUUUAAUGGCCAGUAAAACCGGAAAAUUUUUUCCAAAGACUAAAACAAGUUGUUUACAAGAUUAACAGCAUUAUAUUCAGCUAGGAACAGAAAACAGGCAUGCAGACUAGAACAGUGAUAAGUUUAAAGUAGGAAGACGAUCCAAAGGCGCCCGUUUUCGAGCGACACCGUAACUUCUCAGAUUUAGGAUGGAAGCCAGUCCGACAGCGUAGCUCGAGUGAAGCAUUCUCCUCUAAUUUUUAAUUCUCUCUCUUCCAAUAGGAGCCAAAAUGAAAAUUUACAAAAAUGCAAAAUUUAUUCUCUCAUAAAAUCCUUAGAAAAGAAAUAGAGCUAUGCCAAGUAGCUGUCAUUCGAAUUGUAACGUUUCGGUCCACAAAUUCAAAAGUUGCAUUUGAAAACGGUAUUCUCGCCAUAUGGAAAUUAAAGUAUACACGUGUUUUCAUAAAUGUGUUUUCAUGUAAGUUAAGAAUACAAUAAGCCCAUCCGGAGCAAAACAAAGUCUAAAAAAGACAUGGGCGUUUCCCUAAAUAAUUGUUUCACGGUGGCUGAUAGGUGCUACUUUCUUGAUAUAAAAAUAAUCGUUUUGACAGUAAUUAUCUUUUCACUGAAAACUACUCAGCAGUAGUGCUUGCAUUUUCAUUUAUUACGUCCGAGAAAAUUCGUAACAUUCCAUCAGGUUCCGGAGAUUUUGCCCAAUAAGCUUUGCAAACAAUUAUUGUGUUUAAAAGCAAAUCAGAAUUCCUCGGCAUCAAAUGAGUUUAACACGUUCGGCUAAAUUCCGUUAGCCAAAUAUGAAAGAAUCUUAGGAAUGACUAAAAUUAAACAACUUUCAUAGAGUUAAGACGUUAAGUUCCUGGACGUUAAGCCGUUUGUAGAGUCAACAAAGGAACAAGUUACACUUCAAAUUCGGUCCCAAUAUGGUGUUUUGCUUUUUACCUUUGUUCUCCUUUGUGAACCUAAAACGUCUCAUAGAGUAAGCCGUGUAAACAUCUGCUCCUUGUAUUCUAGCCUCUGUUAACAAGGUCUUUUCUUGGCCUUAAAGAAACGGCUUCAGUGAACCCGGGAUUAAAGUACCCGCCCCUUCUAACAUAAAAAAGUAUUUUACUUUCACGUAGCUUUUUAAAAUGCAAUUAUCCAGGAGAGUAAGUUUUCCGACUGAAACACAAAAAUGGGCUUCCACGCGUGCUCUGUACAUUUGGCACGUUUUCCUGCAGUUACGCAUGCGUUGAGUACAGUUUGAUUACAGUUGCAUGCUCUGUCGUUAUGGCAACAGCCGGUUCUACGUUUGUUUUGCUUGCCCAGUCAUUAAGAUUGCGCGAGACUGAGUCUGUGUUCUGUCGGAUUGCACUAUGGGACGGUUUGAGGGACGAAUUUUGGCCGAGUUUCUCGUGCAACUUUUUAAUACCCAAUAAAAGAAGAGAUUACGUCCUCAAAACAGCCCCAUGGAAUCCCGUGGUGCAAUUCGACCCAACACCGUCCCAGUCUCUAACCUUUUCCAGGCUAUACGCCACUUGUACAUCUCCCAUAAUGCACCUUAUUUGCCCCCCGAAAUUUUGCAUAACUUUUGUUUUCGGCACGCUCAAUUUUUAUGGCGUGAUUGGUGCCCAAAUACUUAGGGCGACGAGAUCCUGUGAAGAGGAAAUUCCGAGUAAGUCUAGUAAGAGUAUCAUAAUCAAAGUUUCUUUUUUAAAAAAAGGGAUGCCGUUUCCAAAUUAUUAUUCCCGUAAACUGGGCUUAACUUGCUACUGUCCGCAAUUUUCUCAUAUUUUUUUCAAUUCAAGUAAUUAUCUUUAUUCAUUGCUCUCUCAGCGAGUCGAGAAUCAGCGUAUCUGCACGCCAUCACAGCAGCCGGCGUAGCUCACGCUGUCACCGCCUCAUGCAGCGCUGGAAAUACCGAAAGCUGCGACUGCGAUCGUUCGCACAGCGGUGUCACGAAUAAGGGUUGGACCUGGUCAGGCUGUAGUAGUAACAUCAAGUUUGGCAGCAGGUUCUCGGAACAAUUUACCGACGCCAGAGCGAGGGGAAACAGUCCACGAGCUGUCAUGAACAGGCAUAACAGUAGGGCGGGAAGAAAGGUGGGUGCAUACAUGAAGGUAUUUCUCAUGUUUACUUCAUGUUUGUGGUUGAAUAUUCCUGUAAGCAAUAUGCUAUCGAGCUGUGUUCAAUGAAUUUUCACAGGAAAAAAUAACAGAUUCCCAUUUUCGGAUAUUUUUGGGUAUUUAAAGAAUAUCCACAAAAAUCCCAAAUUUGGAAGAGUGAGACAAGUCCCAAUCUGGGAACUUGGUUGGGAAUUCCGUGGUUGGGACUUGUCUCACUUUGCCAAAUUUGGGAUUUUUAUGGAUAUUCUUUAAAUACCCAAAAAUAUCCAAAAAUGGGAAUCCGUUAUUUUUUCCUGUGGAAGUAAGUAAUUUUGUAGGUGUGCAAAAAUUCCGCAAUGUCAAUAACAAAUAAAAACCUUCCACAGUGUUAACGUGGCCAGGUACUACUGAAUUAGCAAUGUUGCCCAAAAUCCAGACUUUUUCGUUUUCAGAUAUAAAUGUGGCAACCAUGUCUUUUUGCAAUUAAUGACUCUUUUCAUAGCUGCUUUGGUUUUCUAUUGCCGCGAGUCUCGCAUGAAUUCUCGCAACCUGUAAAGUUCCAUACCUCCUCAAAAUAUGCUUUGCCAAACUACGGCUCAAAUAUCAAAUCUCAAAUCUCAAAUCUUUAUUUUAACACGUUAAAAAAUUCAUCAGGUUUUUCAGGCUAGUUGCAAAAAGGCUCCAUAAACCGAGCUUCAUAUUAGGACAAAAAUUAAUUCAUGAUAAAUUGCAUGAUGCACGCCCCAGUCCCCAGCUAUCAAAGUUUCAAGAUUCUUAGUUUGAAAUGACAACAAUCUUGUUCCCAGGGUCCUCUCCUACUCCGAGGCACGGGUAGGAAAGGACCCUGGGAACGAGUUUGGAAAUAAUAAUUUUGAAUGGAAGGAGCGGGAAGAAUCUCUUGUUAUCAAUCAUUACGUUACUAGUAAUAUGAAACAAUUUCGUUAUUCCAGGCCCUUUCAAAGUUGUUGUGGCGGAAAUGCAAGUGCCAUGGUUUAUCUGGUUCCUGUUCUAUGAGAACGUGCUGGAUGCAGCAGCCGUCCUUCCGUCAAGUAGGCGAUUAUCUAAGAGAAAAAUACGAAGGCGCUGCAGAAAUGAUUAUCAAGCUGAACAGAAGGAAAAAAGAGCGGUUGAAACCCAGAUAUCCUCAACUGAAACGGCCCACAGAGGCAGACCUACUCUAUUAUGAAUCAUCGCCCAAUUACUGUGAUGCCGACGCAAGCGAGGGAUCCCUCGGGACUUCGGGUCGCGAGUGUAAUAUUUCCUCUUCGGGAAUGAACGGGUGUGAGCUGCUAUGCUGCGGACGAGGUCAUAACAUCCAACAGACGAAGGUUACGAGAAAUUGCAACUGUAUUUUUCUUUGGUGUUGUCAGGUGAAAUGUCAGAAGUGUAAAGAGAUUGUUAACAAGUACACUUGCAAGUGA